UUCAGCCAUGAAAGUCCUGGUGGUAGUGUCCGCUGUUCUGGCCGUUGCGGCUGCCCAGUACCUGCCUUACAGCGGGCUUGGUUACUCGGGACACCCGUACGCCGCCGGAUACCCGAACAAGUUUUCUAUCCCCUACACUACCUACACUUCUGCCCCCUACACCAUCAACGCUGCUGCCCCCUACACAACCUACGCCGCCCCGGCCGGUGUCAGCUCUCAGCACUACUCCUUGAGCAGAAGUGGGGAAUACAGCUAUGGCUACAGUGACGGCCUGAGCACCAAGUCGGAGAGCAAGAACGCCUACGGCGGCACCGUCGGCUCUUACAGCUACGUGGACGCCAACGGCUUGACCCAGACAGUCAACUACGUGGCCGACUCGGCCGGCUUCCGUGACACGGCUGAUGUGAAGGCCGCCAAGGCGGAGUUCCGCAAGCUGUACACCGAGGCUGCCGCCGCCGCCACAGUCAACUACGUGGCGGACGCGGCCGGCUUCCGUGUGCAGGGCACCAACGUGCCGGUGGCUCCCGCCGCCGACCUGAAGGCGUCCGUGUACAGCCUGGCCGGACCUGCCCCCGUCCAGGACACGGCUGAUGUGAAGGCCGCCAAGGCGGAGUUCCGCAAGCUGUACGCCAAGGCUGCCGCCGCCGCCGCCGCUGCCCCUGACUACCGCAAGAAGCGUAGCGCUCCUCUGCCCGUCAGCGACACC